CGAUUUAAUCUUUCACGAAGCAACAACCAGAAAAAUUUGUAACUAAAUUGUAUUGUUAAAAAUUUUUAUACCAAAAAUGGAUUUAGACUAUUCCAUGUAUGCUCAGCUGUCCGGCCUUUCCUUAAUGCCAACCCCGCAAGAAUUCUAUCCGGAGAUAAGGGGCGGAAUGCAGCAACAGCCUCAGCAAGGUGGCGACUUUGAUCGGGGAUCCAGCCAGAUGUCCACAUAUCAGCCUCCUCCAGCACCUGUCCAGGAUAGGUACCAUCAUGGGACUGCGGACAUGUACGAUGGCCUCCAAGCAGGUUCCUAUAGUCCAGGGCGCUACCAAUGCUCCAGUCCUUCCGAAUAUCGCUGCAUGAUGAAGGAACAGAAAAGAGCUAAGGAAAUGAUGUCCCGCAAUGGCUUAUAUUCGCCUAUGGAAACCUCUGCGCGAUACAGCGGCGGAGAUGCCAAUUACUAUUCAAAUUAUGCAGAGAGCAAUAGGCAAAGCAGGCCCGGCGGUGGAAAUUCCUAUUGGUGAACUGUAAUCCGUUAAAAUACUAAUAAAAAAAGUGAAAACGUUUUUUAAAACCAAAA